AUGCCUACUGGUACAAAGGAAGAAAAUGAGGCGAAGCCUCCAGGAGGGCACUGCGGAAAACAGGGGGAAUGCCAAGUCGGAGUGAGAGAUAAUAAUUCCAGGUUCCCUUUGCUAAUGGGGGGAUGUAACCCAUGUGAGAAGUGUAACCCAGAGGAGAAGUGUAACCCAUGUGAGAAGUGUUACCCAGAGGAGAGUAAUCCAGAAAGGGAAGAAUCACACAACGGGUGCACUUGUACUGAUUACCCUGGUAGGACAAUCCCUGGAAAAGGCGACUACCUAAGGGAUGACUAUAUCGAGGAUAAUAUAGACACCCUAGGUGACGAAGAGGAAAGGCACUUUUGCAACAUUUGUUUUUCCUUCUUGUAUUAUAAAAAACAUUCCUUCUAUGAGCUACUUAGGAUCUAUAGAAAUUUCUCCUCCCUGACACCAGAUCAGAAGACUCUCCUCGAUGAAUCCAUUUACAGUAAAAUAUACAAGAUGUACCUAGGUGUUCUGAACAACUAUUUUUUUAUUUUUAAUAUUUUAGUACCCCAAAUAUCUACGCAUAUUAUUUUGCACCUCCUGGCGCAUACUGCUCACCGAGGGGAUGUGGUGAUUGUGGAAGAUUCUGGCAGUGAUGGAGAGGAGGAAGAUGGAGGGAAGGAGGCAUGCGAUGGUAGCAAUGCAUCGGAUGAAAGGGGCGCGGAGGAUGUCAGCCACUAUAGGAACACACAGGGGAAGAAAAUAAUACCCAGGGAGGAAUACACCAUCAAUGAAAUAUUAAAGAAUUUGACUGAAGAGGAAAAAGACAAAAUCGACCGAGAGUAUAACUACUACAACCUAGAUGCAAGGUUACUCUGUAAAGAUGAUCCCAUUAUUAUUUUGAAAGAAAUUAGAUCUAAGUUAAUAAGUGCUAAAGAGGACGAAGGAAUAUCUAGAGAGCUUGAUAUGAAUCUAGAGAGAUCUACUUCGGCAGAUUAUCUGGACGUUGGAUACUCCAGUGGGGGGAAAAUGCAUCAUAGGGAUGAAACAAGUGAGAACCCGUUAGGAAGUUCAUCUUUAUUUCCGCAAGAUCAAGAGGAAAGAACCCAUGCGGAAGAAAAACAACAGAGGAGAUACUUCCCACAGGAGGGACAACAAGGAAAUGAGUUCUCAGAGGAGAAUGAAGAAGAAUGCAGAGAGAGUCAGAUCUUCCCUCAACACUACAACGAACAGUAUCAUAAUAAGGAGGAGAAAAAACAGGCGGAUAGCCCAAAUGGGAAGGGGAAAUCGGAAGAUGCCAGGUAUGGAGGCACCAUGGAACAGAAGUGCAAUCUUGGCGGCGAAGAGUACAUCGCAGACCACCGUAAAGAGAAUAGUGAAUAUGCUUUCCCCCGCCUGGACUACGAGCCUGGAGAGGUGCGACUUGGUGAGUGGCGUGGGAGUGAUGGUCAAGGGGGGGAGAAGGGUGCGUCAGAUACGAACGCUCCUGGCGAGGUCAUCUCAAAUAUAUCUGCACCAAUUAGUACUCCCGCCCAGGGAGAACAUUUCCCCCCGGGGCGUCGAAUUACAAGCGCAUACAACCCCACCUUGGACGAAUACAAUCUACUACAGAACAUGGGAAAAGUGAGAAGUACACUAAGACAAUUCGUACGCGAUUGGUCCUUGGAAGGAAAACACGAAAGAGAUAGUGCAUACGAACCAAUGUUAAAAAGUUUAGAUAAAUACCUACCCAUAACAGAUUCUUAUGUGCCUAAGGUUCUCUGUCCAGGAUCAGGAUUAGGGCGACUUCCAUACGAAGUGGCGAAAAAAGGCUAUAGAAGCCAAGGGAAUGAAUUUUCCUACUUUAUGCUCCUUGCGUCCAACUUCAUCCUUAACUACUACAAUGAGAAGGAAUCCCUAAAAAUCCAACCCUACUGCUUGAACACACUGAACAGAAGAAAAAGAGACGAUCACCUCAAGGUUGUAACUCUGCCAGAUAUAAAUACAUACAAUAAAGCUAUCUUAAGUACCGACUUCUCUAUGUGUGCAGGCGAAUUGAUUGAAGUUUACGACAAGGAGAAGGAAUCCUUUGAUGGAGUUCUCACUUGUUUUUUCAUGGACACAGCUAAAAACAUUUUCCUAUACAUCCGAACAUUUGCAAAUAUUUUGAAGCCAAACUCCCUGUGGUGUAACGUUGGUCCUCUCCUUUACCACUACUCCGAAAUGACCAACGAACUGUCCAUCGAGUUAUCAUGGGAAGAAAUUGAAGUUAUUAUUUCCAAGUGGUUCACCCUUGUGGAGACUGAAUGGAUUGAUAAUUAUUAUACUACCAAUGUGGAUUCCAUGAUGCAGGUCCAGUACCACUGUAUCUUUUUUUGCGCCAUUCGGAAUGAUGUACCUGUCGAGGACCCGCCCAUGGACGACCCCCUUCAGGUCAGCUAG